CAAAUCACACGGCUUGUUUUGUCUCACGGUGGACAUUUGUGCUCCUAAAUGAAUAAUUAUGACAUUAUAUUCAGCCCACAGAUUUCUACAUGAUAAACAAAACAGAAAUCCGCAAUAAUAGUGCGCUUUUAAAAAAAUCCUUAUGAAGUUAAUACAAACUCCUGUCAUUGGUCCAGUCUCAUCAGCGCUGUGAAAAGUAACACUCAUCACGUGACAACGCCGUCUCUAUUCUCAGGUUCAGUAACACUCUGGACAAAUAAAUUACUCUAGAAAAACGACACUUGUCGUCCUCAAAUGAUGUUACAUUUAAAAUACAACGUGGAGAGACAUCAUAAUUUUACACCCAUCGUUUCUGGCCAAUUGGAAACAUCAGUCGGUCCGUUAAUCGCUGCCUAUGUUAGGUCUCGUGUUGCGAGCUAAUGGCCGUUCUAUCCGCUCGGUUUAUUUCUAUGAGAAAUCAAGAGGGAAAAGGCUCAGUAUGAAGUAAACAGAUGUCCUCCGUGUCUAAACACUGAUUCAAAACCUUUCACAAUUAACAGCUAUCUUACAUGUUUCUACGCAGUCUGUCAUUUGGCGAAUUUAGCGUGUUUCGGCCGAUGCGGAGGCGAUUUCGAUGAAUCCCUGCUGCACUACAGUAUGUGCCCGAGGCCUACAACUUAACAGGUCCUUGGCCUGAAGGCGUAUUCUCUAAAUCUGAUCCUGAGAGCAUGUCUUCUAAACUUGAACCUGAUGUUGACGAGAGUCUAAAUCCAGAUGACGUGGCUGGUUCUGAGCCUCCAAGCUGGGCUGUAGGACCAGAUGAAGUUAUGACCCUGGGCUUGUCAGGAGAAUACCUCUAUGCAGUGAAGACCGAACCACCAUCCCUAUGCACUCCCAACAGUACAGAAAGUACAAGAGAUGCCAUUGACUGCAGCCACAAUGAUUUCCCAGCAGGAACUUCUGAGGAGACCAGUAGCCUCAUCCUCCAGCAGCUAACCAUCCUGAACCACCGGCUUGGAGAACAGCUGGCUGAGCAGAGAGCCUUCCACUGCAGCAUGCUAGGAAUGAUGGAUCGCCAGAUCCAGGUCCUGGAGCAGCUCUCCAAUUUUACAAGGAACCACCAACCCAAGCUUGAGACCCCGGACACGGACUCUUCAGUUAGUCUGAACGUGCAUGAAGCUCAAACACAGACUCUUGAGCCAUAUCCCAUGUUCCUCACGCCCAAAAGCAAACCAGCAGCUGCUCCUUGGAAGGUCUCUCUCUUGGAAGUUCACAAGAGGUCACCUUCUGAGUUGGGCGGUGACACUGAGCCUCCUCAAACCUUGCAGGGUUGCAAAGAAAACACCUCUAGCCCACCUUCUUUAGAGAUUUCACCCUCAACCAAGAACGCUAUUGUGCAGAAUGGAUUGUGUAAGCACGAUUGAGUGCUGUCUAUUUGGGACGUUAAGCAUUCAGUAGGAACUACAAAAGUCUUUUGUCCUGUAGAUGUUUCAGGAGCUUGUCUGAUCUGAAACAUCAUCAACAUGCAUUUUUCAGUUUCAUAGGAAAGUAUUCAGUGCUCUGAUGUUUUAAUCAGUAACACUUUUGAGAAAUAGAACAGUAGACUUGUUAUUUAUUUACUUUGGUUUGUUUGCGAACUAACACUCGAUGUGAAUCUUAGAUGGUAAGUAACUCAACAGUGACUGUUUCAAAAUUGCAGUUCGGACCAAGGUAGCUUUAUGUCUGUAAUCAUCUUGCAUUAUCUGAGA